AUGACAUCGAAAACUGAACCACCAACUUUAUACUACAAUAAAGAUGCAGUAGCAUGGAAUUUAUGUGGGGAUAGAUUAGAGGAGAUUGAACGGGAUGUUUCUAAUUUCCAUGAAACGUUAGGUGGAUAUGAACCAACACCUUUAACUGAAUUACCAAACAGCCAUGAGUUCGGUGUAAAAAAAGUUUUUAUUAAGGAAGAAUCGUCUAGAUUUGGUCUUCCUUCGUUUAAAAUAUUAGGCGCUUCGUGGGCAAUUCAUAAAGUACUUGUUUCUGAAUUUAGUUUGCCCAGCAAUACAACGUUCUCUACUAUACAACAGCAUAUAAGGACAGAGAAUUUAAAGAAUACGAUUUGCUUGGUUUGUGCCACAGAUGGCAACCAUGGUAGAGCUGUUGCAAGAGUAGCAUAUUUAUUAGGUAUCAAAUCUGAGGUAUAUGUUCCUUCCAACGUUUUACCUAGUGAGCGUGCAAAGAUAAAGUCAGAAGGUAAUACCAAUCUUACAGAAAUAAGAGGAGAUUACGAUGAAGCUGUUGAGACAGCAUAUAAAUUUUCACUCGAAAGUAAGAACAGGUAUUUUAUUCAAGAUACAUCUUUCACGAACUAUACUAAUAUUCCACAGAGCAUCGUGGAAGGAUAUAAUACGUUACUAAAUGAAGUUGAUUCGGAAGUUCUCAAACAAACUGGAACCAAGCCUGGUCUAGUCAUAUGUGGUGCAGGCGUGGGCUCCUUUGCCCAGGCAGUUGUGACUCAUUAUAGGGCUGGAUUUAGAAAAAACUCUAAAACUAAGGUGAUGAUUGUUGAGCCAUCGCUUUCACGUUGCUGCAAUAAGUCUCUUACUUUAGGAGAACCUUCGAGAUGCGAUGAGAUACAAACGACACCAACUAUCAUGGAUGGGCUAAAUUGUCCAACAAUUUCUGAAUUGGCAUUUCCAAUUUUAAAACUGGGCCUUACAUACUCGCUGAUAAUUGACGACGAUGAAUGUCAUUCGGCAGUUGAGGAAUUAGAUGGGUUUGGUAUAGCAACUGGUCCCUGUGGUGCAGCGCCAUAUGCUACCCUUAAGAAAUACUUUAGAGAAUUGAUUUCUGCUGGUGAUUUAAAUGAAACCGAUUCAGUUGUUCUCAUUUCAACUGAAUAUAAAAGAAUAUAUAAUGUUCCUAGCUCAUCAAGAUUAUAA